ACCUACUUAUGCUAUACUGUAUAAGCCCUGAUCUAGCAGAUUUCUCUCAACACCAGCAAUAUGAGUUCAAGCCAUCUAUCAAUCGAGGCAAACCCUAAAUUUGCGAUGGAAGACUGGAGCGAAAUACCUCACGCCGACGAGAAUGGCCAUCCCAUCCAAAAGCUUGACAAGGCGGACCAAGAGUACCACUACCUCACCGGAUGGAGAGUGCACGUUAUCAUGGCAGCGGUUAGCUUUGUUCCUUGUAAACCUCGAACUCACCAUCAUCGGCACCGCCCUCGUAUCUAUUACCAACGACCUGAAUGACUUCGUUCGAGCUAGCUGGGUGGUGACCGCAUACUUGAUUACAUAUACCUCUGGCCUAGUUAUUUGGGCGAAAGUGAGCGAUCUUGUAGGCCGCAAGCCGGCGUACAUCGUUUCUCUUCUCAUGUUCAGCGCGUUUGCUGGAGGCUGUGGGGCUUCCCAAACCAUGGUCCAACUGAUUGUAUGUCGCGCUUUUCAGGGUCUCGGCGCAGCAGGAGUAUACGCUGUUGCUGUCGUGAUGCUGUAUGAACUGAAGCCACCUAACAAGCUACCGCAAAUGACGGCUAUGUCAGCUGGUCUGGCGGCGCUUGGCAACGCCCUGGGCCCUAUCUUCGGGGGUGUAAUAUCCCAGGGAACCACCUGGAGAUGGGUCUUUCUACUCAAUGUUCCCUCUGGCGCCAUCGCCGCUAUCGUGGUCUUCUUAGUAGUCCCCAACGAAUACCCUUAUCAAGGGCUCGAAAGGCCAAGAGCACGGCUUGGGUUCAAGGCUCUAGAUUUCACUGGAGCGUUUUUGAUGCUUACGGCAUUGGCGCUGAUUAUUAGUGGGUUCGAGCAAGCCGCGGUAUUGCUAUCCUGGACGUCUGCCACUGCCAUCGUACCUAUUUGUGUUUCUGUUGUAGUAUGGGCAGCAUUUUUCGCUAGUCAGUGGUACGCCUCUCGCCCGCGAAGUUUGGUAGAGCCAGUGUUUCCUUGGAGAUUCUGCCAAAACCGCGAGAUCGUCGGUUUGCUGGUAAAUUCCUUUAUGACGGGUUCGGUCAGCAUAACCUGUAUUAUUCAACUCCCUAUACGCUACCAGACAACAGUCGGCUCUAGUCCUUUACAGGCUGGCGUCAGGCUACUGCCGUUUGUACUAUGUGGGCCACUGGGAGUGACUUUGACGGCCAUCCUCUCCAAGAAUCGACGCGUUCCCCCUUUGUACGUAGGGAUCGUUGGGAUAUUACUUCAGAUGAUUGGACUUAUCUUCAUCUCCCAAGGCCCUCCGAGCAAUCCAGAUUGGUCUCCACUCUACGGGGUUGAGGUGUUGGCUGGUUUGGGUAUGGGAAUAAGUAUAGGGGUAGUUACUCUACUUACCCCCUACAUUGCGGAAAAGAGAGACCUAGCGGUCGCAUCAGCAGCAGGAACGCAAUUCCGAUUCCUCGGAAGUGCUUUUGUGGUAUCCAUUGUGACUGCGGUGGGCAAUGGAUGGAUCAGGGAUGAACUUUCCGGCCUAUUGACCCCCUCGCAAAUCUCACAGAUCUUUCGGUCAACGGCGUCGAUCGACCAGCUUCCAGAAAGUGUGCAAACUGUAGUGAGGAGUGUGUUUGUGAAUGGCUUUAACCUUCAGAUGCAUAUAGUUCUGGGGUUUGCUGUUGCCUCGUUUCUAAGCAUAGCGUUGAUGUGGCGAAGGAUUCAAAUCAGGGUAGAUUGAACUUGCUGGUGUUGUUGGGAAUCCCAAUCUUACCUAGGUGCCCCAUGUAGGUGGGCAGCGAUCUGAGAGUGAGUGUUGGUGCACAGGGGAAAUGUUGCAUGGGUCACUAGUCCCACUUAGACUUAGCUCCAUAUCAGCGAGCUGCCUUAA